AUGAAUUCUACUGAUUUUGUACAGCCACCUUCUAUUGCUGGGGGUAGUUCAAAUAAUCACAAUGACAAUCUAUACUACAGUGAUAGCAGUGUUGAAAAUACUACCAAUAACAAUGAUGAUAACAGAAAUAGAAGUUUGUCACUAACAAAGCUAUUACCAUGGUCUUUGAGAAGAAACAAUAGUAGCCAUAACAAUCACACUAAUGUCAUUGAAAGUAACAACAACUCAAGCAACACUUCCAAGAAUUUUACUACAUCUUCCAUCCCUCUAGCUCAUGUACACAAGGAUGAGAACUCCGAAAAAAAUAUUAUAGACAAAGAAAAUUACAAUGAGGUUACUCAAGAGGGUGAUAUUUCUCAAAAUAACCGUCAUCGUCAUCAUAACAACACAUCUAGUAAUUCUAAACAACACAACGUAUCCACUUCCUCUUCAACUUCCACUUCUUCCAUUAAAUUAUCUGACAAGUUCCGCAAACUUUUUAAAAAAGACAGCACCAGCAAUCCUGCUAGUUCGCUAAAUUUAUCAUCUAAUACUACUGUCAAUAAACCUUCCCGAGUAAGAUCACCCAGCUCUCCAGUUGUCCCUACUAAUAAAAAGACGCUUUUCCAUAAUCAUCAUCAUCAUAACAAUAAUUGUACUUCUGAGCAAGAAGUAUUUGAUGAGGACCUUAAUGGUGGUAAUUCCACUCCCAGUAAACACAACUCUAUUGCCAACCAAAGAAGAAGACGUAACGAUUCAGCACCACCUUUAUCUCCUAAGUCACCAACACUUAAGCAUAUUUUUACCCCUAACAAUGCAAACAGUACUGGCAGUAGUGAUAAUACUAAUUCAAGCUCGAGAAAUAGCGCUGUUUUAGAUGAUUAUACUCAAUUCACCACGCCACCUCCAAUACUUUCAACAUCCAAUAAUAAUACAAACAAUGAUGCCACGUCUAAUUGUCCUUACAAAACUACUAACUUGCAAUCAAGUGUAUAUUCCUUAUCACAUACAAACUACGACACUGUUACUACUAAACAGCAGCCAGGGUUAAGUGUUCCAUUCCCCUCACCUAAUGUCGUAUUACCAGAUAAGCCAGGAUUUAAGAAAUCAUAUUCUGUUCCAAAUACAAAUAUAUUCUUACAGGGGGUCAACAACAGUAGUAUUAAUAGCAUAGCACCUCCACAUGACUCUGUUCCUUUAACUGGGGACAUUAAUGUUUCUUCUCCAGUGUCUUCAAAUUUUUCACUUUUAAAAUCUGAUAAAACAAGCAGCAAUAACAAUUAUUCACCACAAUUAUUACCAAAAGAUAUAGUUCAUAUAGAUGAAAAGGAUAUAUCUAGCUCUGGAGGUGAAGAUGAUCUUUUUAGCUUAUCCGAAAGGAAUAAUAGUAAUAAUAAUACAACACCGCUACAUUCCUCUAAUGUCCCUGUUAGACGGUCAACGCGCUUAAGAAAUAGAUCGUUUGGUAAUAAAUUCCAAGAUGUUAUGGUUGGUCCUCAGUCUUUUGAGAAAAUCAGGAAACUAGGUCAAGGUGAUGUGGGCAAAGUUUAUUUGGUCAAAGAGAAAAAGUCAGACAGAUUAUAUGCGUUGAAAAUUUUUGAUAAAAGGGAGAUGCUAAAAAGAAAAAAAAUCAAAAGAGUUUUAGCUGAACAAGAGAUUUUAGCUACAAGCAAUCAUCCCUUUAUUGUUACAUUGUAUCACUCUUUUCAAACUGGAGAUUAUUUAUAUCUAUGUAUGGAAUAUUGCAUGGGCGGUGAAUUUUUUAGAGCAUUGCAAACAAGAAAAACAAAAUGUAUUAGUGAAGAUGACGCGAGAUUUUAUGCUAGUGAAGUCACUGCAGCUUUAGAAUACUUGCAUAUGAUGGGGUUUAUAUACAGAGAUUUGAAGCCUGAAAAUAUUUUGUUACAUCAAUCCGGUCACAUUAUGUUAAGUGAUUUUGAUUUAUCUAUCCAGGCUAAAGAUACCAAGAAUCCUGUUGUGAAGGGCAACGCACAAUCUUCUUUUGUUGAUACCAAAAUUUGCUCCGAUGGUUUCCGUACAAAUUCCUUUGUUGGUACGGAGGAGUAUAUCGCUCCAGAGGUUAUUAGGGGCAACGGUCAUACAGCAGCUGUUGAUUGGUGGACUUUGGGUAUUUUGGUGUAUGAAAUGUUAUAUGGCUUCACUCCGUUCAAGGGUGAUAAUAUUAAUCAGACAUUUUCCAAUAUUUUAAAAAACGACAUUAAUUUUCCUAAUAAUAACGAUGUUAGUAGUACUUGUAAAAAUUUAAUCAAAAAAUUACUGAUAAAAAAUGAAAAUAAAAGAUUGGGGUCUAAACUGGGCGCUAGUGACAUUAAAAGACAUCCAUUUUUUAAAAAAAUCCAAUGGUCUUUACUAAGAAAUCAAGAGCCACCUUUGAUACCUGUAUUAAGUAAAGAUGGUUAUGAUUUUGAAAAAUUGUCUAAUAAUAAUAAAAGUGUUAGCAACAACGAUGAUGCUAAGAAUGUAAAUAAAAAUAAAAAACAAGAAAAUAGUAGCAAUGGUAACGGCUAUACUGAAAUGGAUUACAAAGAGAAAGAGAUGUUUGAAGAAUCAGUGGAAAAAGAUGAAAGUAUUCCUGAUUCCGAUCCGUUCCACAAUUUUAAUUCUAUGAGUUUAAUGGUUGACGACUUAGCCAUGGAGGAUACCCCAAUUUAUGGUACGGAUAAUUCAUAUGGAAAAAUUGCCUACACGCCUAAUAAGCAUAGAUCGAGAAGUAACAGUCAUAGAAGUGGAUUUUUCAAAAGGUGA